AUGAAGCGACCACGAGAACCAUCUGAGAAGACAAAUCAGGAGAAGAAAACAAAGAUAGGAGAAUCUUCUAGAUCAAGACCUCCAAUACCUCUGACUGGAUCCUCUGGUAAGUCUGUCUCUCUCCCUUCUUAUGCACAAGUUAAGUUUAUUGCUUCCUCAAUCCCUCAACAAACGCCCAUAUACACUAACUCAGAAAAUCCUCCCUCAACCACCAGACCAUCUAACCAACCCUCUCAAAAAUUCAACCUGGCCACCACAUCUCUACCCAUUUCAGAAGAAGAAAUGCUAAACGAAACAACCUCACCCUCCUCUUCUUCUUCUCCAGAAUCACCACCCUACUAUAACCUUUCAUCAGACACUGAACCAUCUGACCCUCACUCCCCAACUCUGGCUCAGCUCCAAACACGUGCUCUGGCCUCUCAACAGCCAACACAAUCCAUUCUGGAACCAGAAGUUACCUCCUCACCCACAGACGACCUAAACACAACCACAUCUAACCCUCCACCAUCCGAACCAAUUCACGCUGAAACACAACCAAACAACUCUGAAAUACCCCCACCAAAUACAUCCGCAGAACCACAAACUCCCACACUUCACUUAAGCCCUCCCACUUCUCCACCCCAAGCCUCUGAACCUGAAAACACCCUUCUAACCCUUGAGGAAGCAAUAAAGGUGUUUGCAGAAGCUUCGAUUGACAAGGUCAAGUCUCUGACCAUCAACUCUGGCAUCAAUGGUGAUCCCUCCGCUGUAAGCACUCACUGGAACAAAGUGAUAAGUUGGAUGACCUCUGAAGCCUUUAAGCUGAAGGGCCUCUCUAAGCAAGUCCGUAACGACUUUAUCAGAGACGUUGAGAUCAGACUUCAAAAGCGUCUAGCUAGGGAAGGUGAGGAGUGGGCACGCAAAGAAGCUGAAGAGAAAGCAAAACAAGAAGAACUACAAAGGAUCAAGGACGCUGAGGCCAAAGCUCUAGCUGAUGUUGCUGCUGCUGCUGAAACUGAAGCACAAGCCAAAGCUGCCACUGAAGAAGCAGCUCGUCUGGAUGAAUAA